GCAUCGCAUCUCUGCUUACCACCAUCGUCCACGCAAGCACUGCGGUGAUCACAAGACCAAGAAGGUCUACAUCAAGCCCGCGUACCGCCAAGAGCGCUAUCAUCAUCACUAGCUGGCCUUUGUUGCGCCAGGCCAUUAGGCGCAGGGGCGUCGGCAGCGUUUCUAAUCCAGCUCCUUCAUCCACCCUGGCAGCUAAGAUGCCUGAGCACAUCACCUUGCCACUUCCCUCGCUGCUCCGAAGCAGCUUUCCUCCAUACGACGCACAAGCUGCGCGAGCAGCUCAGGAGGUGCUAGACCGCAACCAUCAAACCUAUCACGUCUUUUUCAACGAGAGGGGUCUCCACAACCAUGCUGCCCACCACAUCCUCGCAGCAUUGCAGCUGGGAUGCGCCCCUUCAAGUUUUGCGCAGCAUCUAGAGAAGGCAGAGGAGUAUCUGCUCAAUCCGGAUUGGAAGCUACAUCGAAACCCGAAGGACCAAGGUGCCAAAGGCUCGAUCGAGCAGCACAAUUGGACGGAGCAUCUGGGCAAACACGACUGGUACUGGCAUUAUCUCGCUUUUUUCGAAAGUCAAAUCAAGGAAAAAGGUGGAGCGGCUUGUCUGGAAGAGUUUGUAUUCGGAGAGAAGGCCAAUGAAAAGCAAGUCGCCAUGCUGGGCCGCUUCAUCGGCGGAGCUCUUCAUCCUUUCAUUCACACCGGCUACGGAUUUGAAUUCGGACUUGACGGCAUUGUGGCCGAGGGCCUCGCUAUGACCGCCAUGACCGAGCCACGAUUCGCUGCAGUUCUUCCGCCGCGUCCCACUGGCGACAAGACCGCUUCUACCAGUAACAGCGGUACCACCGCCAACGGACUGAAGACGGACGAGCCUCUGUCUGUCUUCUCCAUUCUGUCGCUCGCAUACGUUGACAAACGUCUCGACAUCUCUCACCACUCUGAUGAUGACAAAUUCGCACCGCUUCUUGAGCCACAAGCAGCGGCAUUGCUGAACGAAUACACCAGCCGCUGGCAUAUCAGUGAGGAUGACGUAGGCCACCCUGACCUCUUGACCAUCCGAGGAGGCUCUGCAGGCAAAUGGACGGAGCUGAUCUGGGUCGUUGUUCUGCUGCUCGGAGCAACCUCACGACCAGGCAAGCAGCUGCGUCACGACUUUUUCCUCAUGCACGCUCACAACGCGACGCUAUUUCUACCUUCCCUCUUGCCGCAACUAACCAUUGCGAGUCGUAUCAAGCUACUCGACGCCCUGUGGCGUACCAUCUUCACUUACUGGGUUGCGAGGGGCCGCCCUGUCUUCUACAUCGAGGGCACUCUUCUUGAAUCCACAACCGAGCCAGUCAAGCCCACUGCCGCACAGCACAACGACGAGCACGCGGCAAAGGCACUGCGAAGCCUGAUCCACUAUGCUGAGCACUUGUCCCACACUCCGGCUGGGACUUUCUCUCUCCCUUCUGGGAUCAAGGAUGCCGUGCAAGGGAGGGAAGUUUUCCCUGGCCUGGAGAAGCUGGACGGGACUGCCUUCAUUAGGACUGCUGGUCAACUCCUGCAGAAUCAGGGAUGGCCGGGAGAGGAGAAGGAGAAUUGGGACUUUGAAGGUUUGGGCUACGAUGAGGCCUGGCAAUCCGGCUAGUCGGGAGCACGGAAAGGGGUCCCUUCCGAAGCGAAGCUAAGCCUUGCCGCUGCAAGGUCUAUGACCCUUCACGACCUGGACGAUCGUCUGAAGCCACGAAGCAACAGGUGACGAAAGCAGUCUGUAAGUGUAAGAAAUUCAAGAAUAAGAUUU